AUAUAUAUAUGGCAACCAACACUAACCCUCUAGGUUCAAUUCAACUUUUGCCCUCAACUUCUACUUAAUAUAUUUGUUACAAAAUCAUGCUUUGACAAGAUUUUUUAUAAUCUUAGCUGUGAAAUUGUGGUCCGAAUUUUUAUUUCGUGAUCAGAAAAAUGGACCCAACUUUAGGACUCUCCUGUAACACAAUACAUUUAGGGUUUGGAGUGUGAUGAGAAAGAACACUGAAAGCUGGAGUGUGGUAAGAAAGAACACCGAAAGCUGCAGUUUAGAGUAGGAGGGAGGGUUUGGAACUUUGGAACUGAAACUUGUAAUAAAUUUCUUGCAAAAUUUUUACUGUAGACGUAGGUUUUUGUAUUCUGUGGUAUAUAUGUGUUUACUUUUCUUUCAAUUUCUUGAUUUAUUCUUGAUUCGUGUUGUUUGUGGUAACAUCAAUUUCUAAGAUUUUCACAGAGAGAGAUUUGAAUACAAUGGAUGUUUCUUUUCAUAGAAUAAAUUUCACUACACCACUGCUCAUUACUGGUGACAAACAAAUUUUUUUUUCUUUGAAAGGUAGGAGAAAAAAAAGGGUGUAUAAUUAACAUUGAACUACCAAUUUAAAAACACAAAUUAAAAUUUUCCCUUUAUUUAUUUUUGUUUUUCAGCAUUAUUGGUUUGAUUUUGUUUUUGUGGGCAUUGCAGAAGGGAAGGAGGAGACCUAUAAGGAGGAGCUGACAAUAGACGAAGGAAACAAAAAAAUGUCGGCAAAGGCAGUGGAAGGACAUGUCUUGGAGCAGUACAAGAACUAUACGGUCAACUUGCAUGUUUACGAGAAGGGCGAGUCGGCCAUUGCGAAAUUUACCAUACAUUAUGAGAGGCUAAGUGAAGAUGUUCCAGUUCCACAGAAAUAUAUUGAAUUCCUAGUUAAUGUGGCUAAAGACGUCGAUGCUCACCUUCUCACAUUCGCUGUCCUUGCAGUGACUUACCCGACCUGGGUGGGGAAGCGCCCUUCCGGGUCCUCAGGGAUCAGUCAGCUUGGUUUGUGUGUGCCUUUUUUUUUAAAAAAAACAAUUGCCAUGUCUCUUGUUGGUAAGUUGGAAGCUGAAGUAGAGAUCAAUAAAUCUAGUGCUGAGGAAAUGUUCCAUAUCUUUGGAGGUAAAGCGCACACUAUGUCAAACGCUUGUGCUGAAAGAAUUCCAAAAGUGGAGUUACAUGAAGGUGAUUGGGAACAAAACACUGUCGUUGAAGGCGCGCAGUGGAAGGACAUGUCUUCGAGCAGUACAAGAACUAUAAUAUCACCAUACAGUUUUUUGAGAAGGCCAAGUCAGCCAUUGCGAAAUUUACUAUAUAUAGAUUAUGAGAAUCUAAGCGAAGAUGUUCCAGUUCCACAGAAAUAUAUUGACUUUUUGGUUAAUUUGGCUAAAGAUAUCAAUGUCACUUUCUCAAAUCCUAACUACUACGCCUAUAUAUUGUCCUCGAGCACUACAAGAACUAUAAUAUCACCAUACAGUUUUUUGAGAAACGCGACUCAGCCAUUGCGAAAUUUACUAUAUAUAGAUUAUGAGAAUCUAAGCGAAGAUGUUCCAGUUCCACAAAAAAUAUAG